CGAUUGCCCUCUCCACGGCUCCUGAACACAGUUUGCCUGGUUGCAGAUCAUCCCUCGCUCGAUGCUGAGAUACACCCAGGGCUGGCGCUGGAAGUCUAAGCACGAAAGCUUCGAGGAGCUCAAGAGUGACGUCUUUGCCGUCGUCAACACCUGGAGCGCCUAUGUCACCAUCGCCGAUGCCGAUCUGAUCAAGGAAGCAGCGAGCCGCCGCGUAGAGAUCCCCAAGCCCACGCAAGAGUACCGCGCCUUCAACAUUUUUGGGAGCAACAUCCUCACGACCGAGGGUGACGAGUGGCGGAAGCAUCGCAAGAUCGUCAGCCCGCACUUCUCCGAAACCAACAACCUCCUCGUCCACCACGAAACCCAGCGGCUAGUCGCCGAAAUGUGUGAAGAGUGGGAGACGACCGCCGUUCGCGCCCCAGACAGCCCGGACGAGUUCCAGGUGAAUGUCUCGCAGGACAUGAGCCGCCUCACCCUCUUUGUGUUUUCUGCGGCGGGCUUUGGUCGCAAAUUCAGCUGGAGCGUCCGUGACCAGCCGGACGAGGGCCAUCGGUAUUCGUUUGAGCAGGUCAUUGGGCUUGUGCUCAAGAACCUGGCGCUCAACUUUUUCUUGCCAAAGUGGAUAUUCAAGUUGCCGAUUGAUCCAUUCCGAACGAUCGGCCGCCAGUUUGACGAGUUCGAACAGUACGUCCGCCGUAUGGCCCGCCAGGCUCAAGACCAGGUCUCUGAGAAGCCCGAUAAUCUGCUGGAGGCCAUCGUCGGUGCUUCGGUCCAGGACGACGAGCACAAUGCCGUUCGGCUGACAGAGGACGAGGUUGUCGGCGACAUUUUCAUAUUUUUGCUCGCCGGCCACGAUACCACAGCAACGACCCUGACCUUUGCACUGACGCUGCUGGGAUUCCAUCGAGACAAGCAGGAGCGACUCUACCAGGAGGUCGUCGGACAUUUGGCCGCAUCCAACGGCGACGGCGACGGCGACGGCAUCAGCGACAGCGAUGGCGCUGCAGCGACGGCCUCAUACAAGGACUGCUCCAGCAUCGAGUACGUUUCGGCCAUCAUGAACGAGACGCUGCGGCUCUUCCCGCCCGUGACGUCAGUGUUCAAGGUCUGCGAGGUCGACCAGAACCUCGGCGGCUACUGGAUCCCAAAGGGAACUCGGGUGGAUCUGAAUGCCGUCGGGCUCCACUACAACCGGCGGUACUGGGGGCCUGACCCGGCCGAGUUCCGCCCCGAGCGAUUCCUCCCGCCCAACACCUGGAACAGGGCCGCGCUGAUUCCAUUCAGCGCCGGCGCCCGGUCCUGCGUCGGCAAGCGGUUUUCGCAAGUCGAGUUUGCGGCUGCCCUGGUGCAUCUGGUCCAGCGCUACGAGUGGCGGGUCGCUCCUGGAGUGUCGGAAGCCUGCCUGCAGGAGGCCAGCGGCAUCAUUCUCAAAAUGAAGCGCCCGCCGCCGAUUCUGUUCAAGCGUCGCUCCACAGCCCAGUGAAUGCGACGUCUCGGCCGUGCAGGGGAUACUUGCAGCACGAGCAACGCGAGCAGCCAUGAUGCGAUGCCGCCUUUGUGCCUGCUCGGCAUCCAGAGCGAUUUCAGCGACUUGAAGUGACUCAGGUUUUGAUGCUACCUAUCGAAUCGUUACCUCAUUGGUAUUGUCUUGACAUUAAAACCCCAUUGGUAUGUUAUCAAAUUGUUGUAAGGGCUCUAUCAAUCCAAAGUAAAAUGAGCAAAUUCGCAGAACCGCCCCCCACAGACUCUGUCCA